CAGGGCUGCUGAAGGCUCCUCCACACACGCCCGCUGAACCCUGAGCGCCCUGAGCUGCCGGCAUGGGGCGGGCUGAGGCCGCCGCCAUGAUCCCAGGCCUGGCCCUUCUCUGGGUAGCAGGGUUAGGGGAUGCUGCCCCUCACCUUCCCCGCCUUCGGCUCUCCUUUCAAGAAUUACAGGCCCGUCACAGUGUCCGAACCUUCAGGCUGGAGCGGACCUGCUGUUAUGAAGCCUUGCUGGUGGAUGAGGAGCGUGGACGCCUGUUUGUGGGCGCCGAGAACCAUGUGGCUUCCCUCAGCCUGGACAACAUCAGCAAGCGACCCAAGAAGCUGGCCUGGCCUGCCCCUGUGGAAUGGCGUGAAGAAUGCAACUGGGCAGGGAAGGACAUUGGUGCGGAGUGCAUGAACUUCGUGAAGCUGCUGCACACCUACAACCACACCCACUUACUGGCCUGUGGCACAGGGGCCUUCCACCCAACCUGUGCGUUUGUGGAGGUGGGCCACCGGCUGGAGGAACCCAUGCUCCAACUGGACCUGAGGAAACUUGAGGAUGGCAAGGGAAAAAGUCCUUAUGACCCAAGGCAUCGGGCUGCCUCGGUGCUGGUGGGGGAAGAGCUGUAUUCUGGGGUGGCAGCAGACCUUAUGGGUCGGGACUUUACCAUCUUUCGAAGCCUGGGUCAGAAUCCGAGUCUCCGAACAGAGCCCCAUGAUUCCCGCUGGCUCAAUGAACCGAAGUUUGUCAAGGUCUUUUGGAUCCCAGAGAGUGAGAACCCUGAUGACGAUAAAAUCUACUUCUUCUUCCGCGAGUCCGCUGUGGAAGCAGCACCAGCAAUGGGGCGCAUGACUGUGUCUCGUGUUGGCCAGAUCUGCCGGAAUGACCUGGGUGGCCAGCGGAGCUUGGUCAAUAAAUGGACCACAUUUCUGAAGGCGCGGCUUGUGUGCUCAGUACCUGGAGUUGAGGGUGACACCCACUUUGACCAACUUCAGGAUGUUUUCCUUUUGUCUUCCCGAGACCGCCAGACCCCUCUUCUCUAUGCUAUCUUCACCACCUCCAGUGGCAUCUUCCAGGGCUCUGCUGUGUGCGUGUACAGCAUGAACGAUGUGCGCCGAGCCUUCUUGGGACCUUUUGCUCACAAAGAGGGGCCUACACAUCAGUGGGUGUCCUACCAGGGUCGUGUCCCCUACCCAAGACCUGGCAUGUGCCCCAGCAAGACGUUUGGCACCUUCAGCUCCACCAAGGACUUCCCAGAUGAUGUUAUCCAGUUUGCUCGGAACCACCCUCUCAUGUACAACUCAGUCCUGCCCAUGGGAGGGCGCCCUCUCUUCCUACAAGUGGGAGCUGGUUACACCUUCACCCAAAUCGCUGCAGACCGAGUAGCAGCUGCUGAUGGACACUAUGAUGUUCUCUUCAUUGGUACAGAUGUGGGCACAGUGUUAAAAGUGAUCUCAGUCCCCAAGGGCAGCCGACCUAACUCUGAAGGACUUCUUCUGGAAGAGCUGCAGGUGUUUGAGGACUCUGCCGCUAUCACCAGCAUGCAAAUCUCCUCUAAAAGGCACCAGCUCUAUGUAGCAUCACCCAGCGCGGUGGCCCAGAUUGCUUUGCAUCGCUGCACUGCCCUAGGCCGCGCCUGCGCAGAAUGCUGCUUGGCCCGGGAUCCUUACUGCGCCUGGGAUGGAUCAGCCUGCACACGCUUCCAGCCUACUGCCAAGAGGCGGUUCCGGAGACAAGACGUAAGGAAUGGCGACCCCAGCACCCUGUGCUCUGGGGACUCCUCUCACUCUGUGCUGCUGGAGAGGAAGGUCUUAGGCGUGGAGAGCGGCAGCGCGUUUCUGGAGUGUGAGCCCCGCUCGCUCCAGGCACAUGUGGAGUGGACCUUCCAUCGUGCAGGGGAGGCAGCUCACACCCAGGUGCUGGCUGAGGAGCGAAUAGAGCGCACUGCGCGGGGGCUGCUGUUGCGUGGUUUGCGGCACCAGGACUCUGGCGUCUAUCUGUGCAUCGCGGUUGAACAAGGGUUUUCACAACCACUGCGUCGCCUGGUGCUGCAUGUGCUGAGUGCGGCACAGGCUGAAAGACUGGUGCGGGCCGAGGAGGCAGCGGCUCCAGCACCACCAGGCCCUAAACUCUGGUACCGAGACUUUCUGCAGUUGGUGGAGCCAGGCGGUGGUGGAGGUGCAAACUCCCUGCGAAUGUGCCGCCCGCAGCCCGGACCCCACUCUGUGGCAGCAGAUUCACGUCGUAAGGGUCGCAACAGGCGGAUGCAUGUCUCUGAGCUGCGUGCUGAGCGUGGACCACGUAGCGCAGCUCACUGAUGACUUGGCUGUCCCCACAAUGGGGAUCAGGCUGGAUAUGACACUCCGAAGAGGGGGCAGAUGCCAGGAAGACAAAUGAGUUGUGGCGGGGGCACACUGGGGUCCUUGAGCCAACGGAGACACCUAACCCACACAUAGGCCCUGGCCAAAGGGUACCUUAUUUAUUAACAAGAUAACCCGUGAAUGUAGCCCCAAAAGAGUGGCCCAAGGUCAAUUCAGGAUCUAACCUGGAGGGAGGGGACAGAGAAUUGGGACUCCAGAGUGGACCAAGACCAGAGAGUAGUCUUGGGUGGCAGCCCUGGGGAAAGCAUCCUCUUUAUUGGGCAGUGAGCAGAAAGCUGUGAACAGAUUAAACCAUUGGAUGUGGGGUGAGGCAGGCCAACUGUACUAAAGUAACACAAUAAACACAUUAUCAGCUGAUGUUGGAAUGGCCCCAGCAGACAACAGAUAGUCCUAGAAUUUGCUGGGGGUCUCAGGCAUCAUCCUAGCAGUCUCAAGGCCUGCAUUUUUCUCAUCCAAGAAUGCUGAAGUGAAGAUUAAAACGUGUUAGUAGAUGGUUAUGCUGGUUCCAGUGAGCCUCUGGGGGUGCUGGCAUGCACAGUGCUUUAGUGGCAGGGCCAAGCUCUCUGAAGUAAAAACAAACAAACAAACAAACAAAA